AUGCUAAAAGAGAACUCGCCGGAGCUGAGAAGCCGGGCAGUCAUCUGGAGGCGGGAGAACGCAGUCACCCGGAUAGAGAAGCCCAGCCGGAUACAGCGUGCCCGCCGCCUGGGGUACAAGGCAAAGCAGGGAAUCAUCGUGGUUCGAAUGAGGGUCGGAGUCGGAGGAAUGAGAAGACGGCGUCCACGCGGUGGACGGAGACCCAAGCACCUUGGUGUUACCCGCAUCAAGGCAGACGUAAGCAUGAGACAGGUGGCAGAGAACCGCAUUCUUCAAAGAUACCCGAACCUGAAUCUUCUAGGCUCGUACUUUGUCUACAAGGACGGCAGGCACCACUGGUUUGAGAUAAUUCUGGCGGAUCCCUCACACCCGCGAAUCAUCCAGGACAAGGAGAUAAAGGGCCGGAUAUCCGUAGCUGCCUGA